CUGCACGUAACUGUAAUUGUCAAAUAUUCCGCAAAUGUGAGGCGUGCAUUUUUUAAUUUGUUUGCAAAAUGUAUGUUAAACUAAAAUUGGAGUGUUCGGAAAACUCAACGCCGCCGCAAUUUUUGACAAUAGAGGACGACGCAACAAUCUAUGAUUUAAAGACGCAACUAGAGCCAUCCAUAGGCAUCCCUGCACACGUGCAGCAAAUUCACUCGCUUGAUAAAACUAUUGGCGACCACAACAAGGUGUCUGCAGUCCUGGACUGUCAAGUGGAUAAAAUCAACGGAAUGGCCUUCUCGCUGUAUAAAAAUGAGGAAUUCGUUUGCUUUCUGCAAUUCUACAAUCAGAAGGAGGGAGAGAGGCAAACAAAUUUUUUCAGCAUGCCACUGGGGAAUAGAAAUUUGCCCAUAGAGAAGGUGGCCCAUCUUGAGAUUUCGGAAUCGGAGCAGUCCUGGAGCUCAAGCUGCAGUGACACAACGACCGACCCUAGCAGCAGCUCCAGCGGAUCCUCCUCAAAUACCAGCGGGAGCUCGAAGGCAAAAAAAUAUCAGAAAAGAGUCCACAAGGAUAAUGUCAAAACAAUGUUAUCUCAAGAAAAAAGGGCGCGUCUUACCGACGAGAACAUGGACUUGCAUUCGCUCGUCGACGACCCAGUGACUACAACAAUUUCACCUCUAAUGACGAAGUCCACCGAACUAGAUGCAGCGACAGACUUUUCUGGUUAUAUUACCGCUAGUGAUUUGACACCGAUUAGCGAAAUUUCUGUAACAAUCAAAGCCAAAGAUGUCCCCGAACCUGUGCCUCCUGCAGCCCCAGUCAAAUUAGCUUUUGCUGUGGGUGAUAUCACCAAUGCUGAAGUGACUAAGGAUGCAACUGAAACAGUUGCAUGCAUCGCAAAAAAACAACUGGUCGGAAAUGAGGAUGAACUUACCUAUGCCGGUGUAAUGCCAGAGAAGCGUAGAUUCGCAUUGGUAAUCACCAAUGAAAUUGACACAAUAACAUCUGGCUUCGGCGCUCUGAUGAAGCAUUUCCAUGGACUCUUCGAGACAUUCGAGGAUUGUGGCAUGCUCCAAUUCAGGGAGAGCGCCUCCGUAAAGGGGUUUGGUAAUCAUUUAAUGAUUAUAUCCGACGAUAAGAAAACCUGUGACUGGAUAACCAAUGGCACAAGCACCAUGACUCCCCGUUACAAAUGCUCCAGCUUUAUUGAGUUUUUUGGCUUGAUAAAGUGCAAAUUUAUAAUGCCAAUCAUUGUUAAGGACAAGGAAUUGAGCAUUAUUUUUAAGCUAUUAGAGCAGCAGAACACUGGAAUAGUGACGGAUAAGUGGGUUGUGACGGAUCGCACUAUGUUGGAUCCCAAGAGUGACGUUUACGCCGAAAAAGCAGCUUCAAUCAUUGUGGAUAAUCAGGAAGUUGUGCUCUACGUUGAUCGGGAGAGUAAAACAUUAAUUUCCGAACGGGGCUUCAAGCUCAAAUACUGUUUUUGGCGCUUAAAUUUUUCAUUCUCAUAGAUGUAUUUCUUGAAACCUACUAAUGGUCUAAAAACAUGAAUAACAAUAUUAUACAUACGCAGAAGAAUUGAAGAACAAUUAAAGAGUUUAAUUAUAUAUUUUU